CACACUCAAAUGCAGCUGCGCCAUUCCUCCUUUGUCCAUUGAACAGAGGGAUUCGGUUAGCAGAGGAGAAAACACCGGCUUUGCAACUUGACCAUUUAUUUAAACUCAUCCGAGACCCUGCGGUUUCUGUUAAGCUUACGAACAGGGCAAGGCUUCGUUCGUAAAUACAAAGAAAAGAAAAGAAGCAGCGCUAAAAAAAAAACCCCGGUUCAUCAACGUUAUGAGCCAAGCGAAUGGUAAUCAAAUCAAAUCUGAGUCAGUCAUAGAAUCAAGCCCAGCACAUCAGAAAAGCAACAUGGAAGAUACUAAAUACCUCCCGGAGCUCCUGGCUGAAAAGGACAGCUUGGAUUCAUCGUUCACCCACGCUAUGAAACUCAUUUCUGCAGAGAUCGAGAGGAUCGAAAAAGGUGAAACUAAAAAGGAGCCAGAGAAGGAAUCAUAUCUGGACCUAUUUGCCACAAAGAGCCACAAACUCAAAGAGCGAGUACUCAUUCCAACAAAGCAGUACCCCAGGGUCAAUUUUGUUGGUAAGCUUUUGGGACCACAGGGCAGCACAAUCAAGAGACUUCAGGAAGAGACUGGAGCCAAGAUUUCAGUGCUUGGAAAAGGGUCCAUGAGAGACAAGACAAAGGAAGAGGAGCUAAGGAAGGGUGGUGAGGCUAAAUACGCCCACCUGGCCAUGGAGCUGCAUGUGUUUAUUGAGGUGAUGGCCCCUAUACCAGAAGCUUAUAUGCGCAUGGCUCAUGCCAUGGAGGAGGUCAAGAAGUUCCUGAUUCCGGAGCCUGGUGAGCAUGACCCCUACAUGGACCCUCACUUCCUGAAUGGAUCCCAGGAUGGUUCAGGCAGAGGACGUGGUGGUCAGUAUGGAAGGGGCAGAGGUGGACCACCUGGUGCUGGAGGACCUAGGGGUAGAGGAAUGCCACGUGGUGGCCCUCGUGGAGCAAUGCGGGGUGGAGCGCCACGUGGAGGACCAGGAAGAGGCAGCGCUCCCAGAGGUGCACCUUCUGGCAGGGGUGGACCACCUUCUGCGCCUAAUAGAGGGGGGUCAAAUCCCCGCUCUAGAGCCCCUACAGCAGGUGCUCCAAGGAUGCUCCCCUCUGCAGCUAUGUCCCAUCAGCAGCACCAGGGUCCUCCAUCAGGAUCCCAGCCCAAGGCUGAGGGCUAUGAGGACUAUGCUCCUUAUGAAGAGUCCUAUGCUGAGCCUGCCUAUGAAGGAUAUGACAAUUAUUACAACCAGCAAUCUGCACCAGCUGACACUGAAUAUUAUGACUAUGGACAUGGAGAGGCCCAGGAACCUUCAUAUGAGCAGUAUGCUCAAGACGAGUGGGACAACUCAUGGUCCAACUCUGGGGCUGGAGGAAAGGCCCAAAUGUCCAGGCAGACAAAAGGAUCCUAUAGGGAGCAUCCAUAUGGAAGAUACUGAACGGCUACUGGUAGAGAGUUGCUAUGGCAACUGUCUUAAGAUUGUAACUCGCUGAACAUUUUUCAAAAGUAAUUUCCCUCUUGUUUGUUCACCUUUUUUAUGGUUUAUUUUAUUUUUUUAAACUCGUUAAAAUCGUUUUUUGAGAGGGGGGGGUGUAUCAUAGAGUGCCAGAAGUGGAACGUGAAAGGUUUUUCGUUGUUUACCUGUUUCCAUUUAAUGUUUGUUUCAGUUGCGUAGAUGGCAGUUAAGGUCCUAGUGACAUAAACCUAACAAAGGAACAAGAGCAAUGUUUUAGUGAUAUUUGAUGGUUAGCAUUUUAAGUUAAUUGUUACUGUAAAAAUGUGAUUGUGGCGAUAAACUCCUCUCACGUAGACUUGAUUUUUUUUAAAGUCCUCCAUUGUCAGGACACAAAUUAUGCAUAAUGCCUCAAUGUAAUUUUUCUAUAACUAGUUAACGAUCAAGUCACAAACUCAAAACACAACCCUGAGCAAUCUAGUUUUGAGAAGUCACAGAAUCUCCCAAAAUAUGAUUGACCUUUUUACAAAAAAAAAGAUUCUAUUUUUGCCACCCAUUACAAUUGGUAUGUUAUCUGUCCAAGUUAUACCUGCAAAAACGAAUUCAUGUCAAGCUCGAGGGAUUACAAUCCUUAUUGUGUGUGAGAAAAGCUGCAGCCAACUCAAUAUUUUGUACAUAAUCUUAGGACAACUGUGUAUGCUUUAAGCCGUGUCGUCUCUAAAAUGCAUAAUGCUUGUGUACCUUUGGCUAAAUAGGAUUCUUAAUAUAUCCCAAAAUGUCUUUCUGCAGUGCGUGUUUCAAUAAAGUUUCUAGUUUCUUUUUAACCAAUCUAAACAUGGUAUUUUGCCUUUGUUGUACCAAAGGAAUGCCCUCACUUUGUGAAAGUGGUCCUCCGAGGUUUCUCAACAAUCCUGAGAAAGCUGUAUGUAUACCCGUCAGCCUGGCAAAAAACGAAAACAGCAGUGUUUUUACAAUGACCUUAUCCACUACGUCUGUUUUCAAAACGUACCUUAAUGACACCUGUAAUGUCACCUUCAAAAACGAAUAAAGCUCAUCAUUCCUUGA